GCGCAGACUUGUAUACGGCGCGCGUAGUGGGGACUGCAGCCACGCGACCUGCCAGCAGUCUACUCCGCAGCCGGGCAAGCUGCACCCCCGUUCGCGCAUUCGUUUUUUUUUUCUCGGCCUGGCAAUCACGCCGCCAGCUCCGCUCCCAGCUAACCGUCGCCUCUGCCGAUUUGGCUUUUCCGAUAGACCGAAUUUUCGCAUCGGGGAGUUUCACGCUGCGCUCGGACGCCCGACAACUGCUCGCUCACGACCCAGCUGCGCACCGGCGAACGAGAGCGAGAACCGACGACAAUGAAGAGGUCGUCAGCGACAUUGCCACCAGAGAAAAGUCACGUGGAGACCAAAAAAUCCAAAGCCAAAGAUGAAAGUUUGGUUAUAGAUACGCACGACUAUUUAGAUCUGAUACUAAACAGAAUUACAGAUCUGCAGAGGCAAAUAAACCAAGGAGUUUACGUGACCGAUAACGUUAUCAAUCUCGGGGAGUCAGAGGCAGAUGGAAGCAUAAUGAAAGAAGUAUUGACUAAAGUGUUCAAAGAUAUACCCGAGACUUCGAAGACAGUGGCCAACAUUAUUGACUCUACAUCGAAACCCAGCGUAGCUCAACUUCGUGCUAUUCGCAACAAACGUUAUCAAUUAUCAGGCUUCGAGGUUUGUCGGAAAAUUGCCACGCAUUUUGUGAAAAAUAUCGUUUGCUCGUCUGCAUUCGAAGCAGUUCCGAAUUCCAAUCAGGUAAAACCAAGAAUAAUCAUAAUAAUGCCGAGUUACAUUGUAAUCAAAACUAAUAUAAUUUUCUUCUGCCAGAAGAGGUGUGAUAAUACCGUAGAAAUGAGAGCAAAAAUAGCAGGGCAGCUUGAUCUUCAUUUAGCAGUCAAGCAGCGUGAUUACACUGCUCGAUUAAUGAGAGAAUGAGAACUAUCACAGACGAUUUAAUGCUACCGUCAUCAAUUCUAGUCAUCUCAAUUUUGGGAAAACCAUUUACUUUAAGUUUAACUUUCGAGAAUACACGAGCUUGGGGAGAAACACAAAGAUAAUUAUAAGAAUUUAUGUAUUGGUUGUAAACAAAAUAUUUUUGAACACAGAUAUGAUCGGAAUUGGAUUUUAGACUACAAUAAUUAAAUAAUUCUCAAUGCAUUACUACAAAUAAGACUGUUAUAUCAUAAUCAUGUCAAUAAUCUUUUAGUGAUUAAAUUGA